AUGAAGAUUAAGAUAAUGAGCAAAGCGCACGUGAAACCAACCAAGCCAAUACUAGGGAAGAAACAGUUCCAGCUCACCACAUUUGAUCUUCCUUACCUUGCAUUCUACUACAACCAGAAGUUUCUGCUCUACAAGUUCCAGAACCUUCUAGAUCUCGAGGAACCCGCUUUCCAAAACGACGUGGUGGAGAAGCUCAAGGACGGUUUGGGUUUGGUUCUUGAAGACUUCUACCAGCUCGCCGGUAAACUGGCCAAGGACGAGGAAGGAGUCUUCCGGGUUGAGUACGACGCUGACGACGGAGAGAUCAACGGCGUGGAGUUCUUGGUUGCCGAUGCUGCUGACGUUAGCGUCGAUGAUCUGACGACUGAGGACGGAAUAGCUAAGUUCAAGGAGUUGGUUCCGUAUAACGCGAUCUUGAACUUGGAAGGACUUAGCAGGCCUCUCCUUGCUGUCCAGGUGACAAAGCUUAAAGAUGGGCUUGCAAUGGGCCUAGCUUUCAAUCACGCAGUCCUGGACGGAACUGCUACGUGGCAUUUCAUGAGCUCAUGGGCCGAGAUCUGUGGUGGGGCCAAGUCCAUCUCGACCCAACCUUUCCUCGACCGGUCGAAGGCCGGUGACACGCGCGUGAAACUCGACCUCGCUUCCCCUAAGGACCCAAACGCCGCCUCCAACGGUGACGACGCCGGUGAUGCUACGGCGGAACCGCCGCAGCUGGUAGAGAGGAUCUUCAGGUUCUCGGAUUCCGCCAUCCACACGAUCAAGUCAAGAGCAAAUGCUGUCAUCCCAUCCGACGGCUCGAAACCUUUCUCCACUUUCCAGUCCCUCACAUCACACAUCUGGCGCCACGUCACACUCGCGCGUGGGCUCAAACCCGAGGAAAUCACCGUCUUUACCGUGUUCGCCGACUGCCGCCGCCGCGUUGAUCCUCCCUUGCCGGAGGAAUAUUUCGGCAACCUGAUUCAGGCGAUCUUCACGGGGACCGCGGCGGGGCUUCUGGCGGCGCACGGGCCGGAGUUCGGAGCGUCGGUGAUCCAGAAAGCGAUCGUGGCUCACGACGCGCGUGCGAUAGGGACGCGGAACGAGGAGUGGGAGAAAUCGCCCAAGAUAUUUCAGUUCAAAGACGCCGGAGUGAACUGCGUGGCGGUGGGAAGCUCGCCGAGGUUCCGGGUGUACGAGGUGGAUUUCGGGUGGGGAAAACCCGAAACCGUUCGGAGCGGGUCGAACAACCGGUUCAAUGGGAUGAUGUAUCUGUACCAAGGAAAAGCUGGAGGUAUAAGCAUCGAUGUGGAGAUCACUCUCGAAGCAUCUGUCAUGGAGAAGCUGGAGAAGAGCAAAGAGUUUUUACUCGUCGAUGAAGAUGGAAAGAAGCUCAGCAAUGGCAAUGGCUAUGUCAAUGGUAACGGUAACGGUAACGGGUUUGUUUGA